AUGUCUAAUACUUCACUUGUGGAAAAUAUCAAUCCCCCCGUUAUGACCAAGGACGCGCCCGACAAGCCUAGUGAGAGUCAUACCCCAUCUCUAGAGAAUAGAGAUGCUCCUCAAGAUCCGGCCGAGGAAGAACCGCCGGCUAAGCCAGCAACUCUUGAAAAUUUCAUAACGUUGGCACACGAUAUCCGGACUGAAUUCAUGCUGCCAUGGGCUUUGUGCAAAACUUGGAAGGGAAUUGAAGAGCUUAUUAAACGAUCAUAUAGAAAUAAUGAGAGCGCAUUGAAGGAAAUCGAAGAAGGCAAGUAUCAACUCUAUACGGAUGGAAGAAUUAUCUUCCCCGACUACUGGGAGCAUCUGGUUAAGCCGGGAUGGAUAGUCGACAUACAGCUUGAUUCCAAACCUUGGAUCCGCAUAGGCUCGGAUUCAGACCCUUCCGAAGUUUCUGACACAGAUCAAGAUAAACUCGAAGAGGACGGCGAUGUUGAGGGCAGAUAUGAGGUGAAAGCCACGUAUACGAUCAACUACUACCGGAAGAAUCGAUAUGUUGAUGACGAAUUUCUAUACAGCGUGUCUAAAGACGAUCCUGUACCUCUGAAGACAUCGAGAAGUAAAGACGAGGCACUCCCUGUCCUGGAGGAGAAAACAACUGUGGUAUUGGGAGAGCGUGGCCGCCAUGACGCAUCUCGGUCCCGGUCCCGGUCCCGGCGUAAGGUCAAAGAUGCACCAAAAUUAGGCGACCGGGACCGCGUUCAGAAGAAACAUCUUCAAAUUCACUCUCGACUUUUGAUCAACGCUCUACGUGCGGUCAUGAAAUACUCAUCUGAAGCACCGUCUGGAGAUGAAGCGGAUGACUUAGAAGAAGGAGUAUUCGCAUAUCCUUAUAAGGAUUUAUUCUACCACCGUCAAGAGCUUUGGGAGUAUAAAACCCAAAUCGGUGGGAUUCGGGGAAAUCAUACCGAGGCUUAUAACGCCGAGUGUGACAAGCAUAUUGACUUUCUACUCCAGUACCUCGAAAACGAGCCUACCAUUCAGGUUAAGGGGUUGGAAGCUAGGUGGGCCAAAAAGGUGCCAACCACGACAUUUGCGGGACUUUGGCUUUUGCUAAAGCCAGGAUCCGACGUUUAUGUACUUGAAAAUGGACAGCUUAACGCGUAUAUAGUAGACGCGAUCUUUGAUGGUGUUGAACAUGUUUUCCAAGGGCUGUGGGCGAUCAACGUCAAAAGCUACUCUAUCCGGCUAUGGAAUCUUGUGUACGACGGCAAAGUUAUUAAAAGGAGAUCUAAAUUCGUCGACGUACCGGUUUUUGACAAUGAGCGGAACAUAACAUCAUUGCCAUUAUUUCCAACAAGGUUCCACGAUGAUUUAGACGGCGGCACGCGGCGAAAGGAGCUCAUUGAACGAGGGAAGAUGUUUUUCCGAUGUGCUAAAGGGUCUGCUUUCUUGGAGUAUACUGGUUCUGGAUUAAGACCGGGUUGGAAGAGAUAUAAUCGAGCCAGAGUGGUCGUUGAACACGAAUCUCAUCCAUGGAAUAGUUGGGAUCGGGAUGAUCAAGAUGCAAUGGAGGGUUGGAUACUGGAUGUGGAUGAGUACGAAACCGAUAUUAAAGAACGAGCAAAAACCCCUCAUUGUGAAUGCCAUCAUUGUAGCGAAGUGGAUGUUGGGAAAGAAAGAUACGUAUCGGGGACAUUCAGCGACUAUGAUAGCAUUGAUCCAAAGACUCGUGAGAGCCUUUCGGAUCACCAGUACCUCCUAUGCAUGUCUCAUAUGUUCGGAUUUAUCCUCAAAGAUCGCACAUACGAUCUUAUUGAUGUCAGCGGCCUUACCCCUCCAAGAAUUGCGAAAGACUCGAUUGAUCAGUUGGUCAUGAGGCCUGAAAGCAACAAGAAUACGAUCAAGGCUAUUGCUCAGACCUACACAGACAGUAAGAGUCAAGCUGAGCUGUUCAGCGCAGAUUUCAUCCAUGGAAAGGGUGAGGGCCAAAUUUUUCUCUUGCACGGACCUCCAGGUACCGGCAAGACACUCACAGCUGAAUCUGUUGCCGAAUACACAAAGAGGCCAUUGCUCAGCAUCACCGCAGCCGAUCUAGGUCAUGAGCCAGUCGAAUUGGAGAGAAAUCUCCUCAAGUUCUUUAGAGACGCCAAUAGUUGGGACGCCAUUGUACUUUUGGACGAAGCCGACGUGUAUCUGGAACGACGUUCAAGCAAUGAUCUUAAGAGAAAUAGUAUCGUGUCAAUUUUUCUACGCGCUCUUGAAUACUUCCAAGGCAUUCUGUUUCUAACUACUAAUCGUGUGGGCGACUUUGACGAGGCGUUCCUGUCUCGUAUCCAUGUGGCGAUCGGCUAUGAGCCCCUUGACGACGCAGCGCGGGACCAGAUCUGGAGUAACCUCUUCCGCAAACUUAAGGAAGAUCACAAGCACGGCGGACCGGAUAUCCAUUAUGAAUAUGAUGCUAAAGAAUAUGUUCGGAAGAGCGAAGAAAUCAAGAAGCUAGAAUGGAACGGUCGCGAAAUUCGUAAUGCUUUUCAAUCCGCCGUUGCGCUCGCGCUCUACGAUUCUAAGAAGGCUAGGGAAAGAGGCGCCUCAGUUGAGGAUUCUAUCCCGGAAGUCAAGGAGGCGCAUUUGAAAGAAAUUGCGCACAUGUCUACGGCGUUUAAGAAUUAUAUUACGUCUACUCAUCAAGGCGUCAAGGAUUCAGACAUGGCAUAUAGACUCGGAAUCCGAGAUGAUAACUUCAGUAAGUCUCAGAAGAUGGCAUGA